GCACUGCUGUUCACGUGAUCAAUCUCCUUGCACUGUCGCCAUGAUGCAUGCAGCAAGGAAAGCGUGGACCGGGGUCUUUAAUGCCUCGAAAAGCGCCCUUUCUGUGUCUUCUUCAUUAAACCAGGCAACAAAGGCUGUUCCAUCUUGUUUCAUUAAUCGUCGUCAGUAUGCUGCCACAGCAGAAGCAGCGGCUUCAUCCGCACCCCCAGGUCGUGUGGUGGCUGUCAUUGGUGCCGUUGUAGAUGUACAGUUCGAUGACGCCUUGCCCCAAAUUCUUAAUGCCUUGGAAGUCAAGGACAGACAACCUAGACUUGUGUUGGAAGUUGCCCAACAUUUAGGUGAAAAUGUGGUCCGUACUAUUGCUAUGGAUGGUACUGAGGGUUUGGUGCGAGGAGCUCAGUGUAUUGACACUGGUUAUCCAAUCAGAAUCCCUGUAGGAAGAGGAACUCUAGGAAGAAUUAUCAAUGUCAUUGGAGAACCCAUUGAUGAGAGGGGUCCUGUCAAAACUGACACUGUUUUACCCAUUCAUGCUGAAGCUCCUGCAUUUACUGAAAUGAGCGUCGAACAAGAAGUAUUAGAAACAGGAAUCAAGGUCGUAGAUUUGCUCGCCCCAUAUUCCAAAGGAGGAAAGAUUGGUCUGUUCGGUGGAGCUGGUGUAGGUAAGACUGUGUUGAUUAUGGAACUGAUUAACAACGUGGCCAAGGCUCAUGGAGGUUACUCUGUGUUUGCUGGAGUCGGAGAGAGAACCCGUGAAGGAAACGACUUGUACCAUGAAAUGAUCACAUCCAAAGUCAUCAGUCUCACAGAUGAUACCUCCAAGGUAUCUCUUGUGUACGGACAGAUGAAUGAGCCCCCAGGUGCCCGCGCCCGAGUCGCUCUGACUGGUCUGACCGUCGCAGAGUACUUCAGAGAUCAGGAGGGACAGGAUGUGCUGCUCUUUAUUGACAACAUUUUCCGCUUCACACAGGCUGGAUCAGAGGUGUCUGCCUUGCUCGGUCGUAUCCCAUCAGCUGUAGGUUAUCAGCCAACACUGGCCACAGACAUGGGUAGUAUGCAGGAAAGAAUUACCACAACUAAGAAAGGAUCCAUCACAUCAGUACAGGCUAUCUAUGUGCCCGCUGACGACUUGACUGAUCCCGCCCCUGCCACUACCUUCGCUCACUUGGACGCCACCACUGUGUUGUCCAGAGGUAUUGCUGAGUUGGGUAUCUACCCAGCCGUGGAUCCCCUUGACUCCAACUCCCGUAUUCUGGAUGUAAACGUUGUCGGAGAGAGACAUUACAGAGUAGCUCGUGGUGUCCAGAAGAUUUUACAGGAUUUCAAAUCGCUCCAAGAUAUCAUUGCCAUUCUGGGUAUGGACGAGUUGUCUGAAGAGGACAAAUUGACUGUGGUCAGAGCCAGAAAGAUCCAGAAAUUUUUAUCUCAGCCUUUCCAGGUGGCUGAAGUCUUCACAGGACAGGAAGGAAAAUAUGUACCCCUCAAAGAGACCAUUACAGGAUUUGAGAGAGUGCUUAAUGGUGAAUACGAUCACAUCCCUGAAGUUGCUUUUUACAUGGUGGGUCACAUUGAGGAGGUGGAUCAGAAGGCAGCCAGGCUGGCAGAGGAGCAAUCCUAGGCCACCUCGUUACUAUCAAUUCAUUAUUAUAGGGUGAUCUGACUUCUUAACAUAGUGAUUAUAAUUUAUGUCUGGACAUUAGUGCUGUGAAGUGGACAACAGAUAAAAUGGGAGAAUGACCAAGUGACCUAUUUUGUGAUGUAUAAAUGUUGUAGAUCUUCAAAGUCUACAAUAAAUACGUUUUGAAAAAAUUGAAAAAA